UAAUAGCAAAGUUCUUUCCUCUCUCUCUCUCUCAAGGACUAGAAGGGACAUUGUUCUUCUGGACAUUUGGCCCUCGGUUGUGUGCUCAUGGAGCCAUCACCGACCAACCAUUCCCUGCGGGUGCCGCUGGGCAAUGUCUCUUUGCCGGAGGGAGGAGAGUCAGCCGCAGCCUUGGGAGCUGUGCUGAGCUUGAUGUGUGCCACAGGGGUGGCUGGCAACCUCUACGCCCUGGCAGUAGUGCGGGCCUCACCCUCAGCUUCCUCGCUGCGGGUCCACCUGGUCAACUUGGCUUUGGCUGACCUGCUAUACCUGUCCACGGCCCCCUUCAUUGUCCACAACGGGCUGGUGAAGGACUGGCCAUUCGGGGAGGCGGGCUGCCGGAUCCUCUUGAGCCUGGACCUCCUCACCAUGCAUGCCAGCAUCUUCUUGCUCACGCUGAUGAGCUGCGAGCGCUACACCGCCGUGGCGCACCCCUUCCAGGCCGGCCGCCGCGCCCGACGGUGCCGCCGCCCUCUGGCCGUGGCCAUUUGGCUCCUGUCCUUUGCCCUGGCCCUGCCUAUGAUGGUGAUGAUCCACCAGGAGGAGCGCACGGUGGGUGAAGACGGAGCGAUCAUCCGGCGUCUCUGCUCCCCCACCUGGAGCGAGGCACAGUACAGGGUGUACCUGAGCAUCCUCUUCAGCACUAGCAUUGUGGCGCCCGGCCUGGUCAUUGGGUCCCUCUACUGGCGCUUGGCCAGGACUUACUGGCUGUCGCAGACCCGCAGCGGCUUGGGCCGCUCUCCCAAGAGCCGGGUUUUCCUCCUCAUCCUCGUCAUUGUCCUGGCCUUCUGGGCUUGCUAUCUGCCCUUCUGGGUCUGGCAGCUCCUGCCCCUUUACUGCCCGUCGGCGGCCCGCCUGCCCAUCCACACGGAGAUCUCCAUCAACCACUUGGUGACCUGCCUGACCUAUGGCAACAGCUGCAUCAACCCGUUCCUCUACACCCUGCUGACGCGCAACUACCGUGAGUACCUGCGGGCUCGCCAGCGGAGGACGUCACAUGCCUCCUUGCGAUGCCUCCAAAGCAGAGGCAGGCCGAAGGCCGAAGGCGCAGAGGAUGUCUGAGCAGAUACAGGUCCUCAACCUGGUUGAUCCAUGCUGAGACAGAAUGACUUGACAAGAGAAACCGUAUAUAGGAAAUUCCUUCAUAAUUCCAGGGCUAACCUUCUCCAGUCUCCAAAUGCUUCACUCCUGGGACAAGAGUAACAAGACUCCUUGGGCUGGGGGGAUGCCAAGUUUUUAUUGACAGCAGCUGCACGACAGGCAGAAAUCAAGAGGUGAAGGCACUGUGGGUGUGUACAGCUGUACUUCUCUUUUGGAGAAAUCAUUGCAGUUCUUCUACCCCCCCAAAACCUCACCUUUGCAGCUUGGGCUACAAGAAGACACAUCCCUGCUAUCCAUCAUGAAGUCACAUUUCCAUCA